CUAAUUCCAAUUUUAUGUUAUUUUAUUCGAAUCUUCUCUAGUGCUUCUCUAUUCAUGAAUCAAAGUUACAUGUAUUUGGCACAUUAAUUGAUUUGGAUGCUCUUUUCUAGAUGCUCGGCACAGCCUGAGUGUUGAUAGGUAAUGUAAUCUGAUACAUGACCAAGAAUUAGAGAAAUGAAAAGAAUCACAAAAAAUGAUGAUUAUCGAGUAUUGAAAACUGACGGAUAUGACAGAAAAUCACAUAUAACUUAUGAGCUUUUGUAUCUUCUGCAGAUUUACGUUGCGUGAGUUUCUGGAGCGCUGCGUGACGAGGGCGGGUUUGAUGCAAAUCGAAGGUCCGGACCAUGAUGAAGGUGAGUAACGAAUGUUUAUCUGUUAUUCUAACUAUCGUUCGAUGACACAUUUCGUACUCGUAGGGGGUGCCGAGGACGAGGAUGAACUGGUUCCACCCGGAUUGAUGGCUGCGGGGGAACCAGUCAUCGGUGAUCAAAAUAUAGCUCGAGGAAACGACAAUCGACGUGGUAGGGGUAUCAGGGCAAUAAGGGGCAACAAUCCCCGUGGUUUGCGGCGUGCUCGUGGCAGGGCUGCUGCUGAACUACGCCGCCCUGAAGAACCCCGGAUUGGGGUUGAUAACGGUGAGCAGAGAUCAGUGUGAUUCUAUAAAUUACAAUCAAGGGACGACGAGGUGUCAGAUUCUUCCUAGUAGCUCGUGUCAAUCAAGAUCCCGUUGAGAAUUUGUUCUCCAUGGUCCGUACGUACGGAGGGACUUUUAAUCCUAAUCCCACGGCGAAAGCUUUCCGGCAAAUCCUACAGAAAAAUAUGAGCUAAUACUCAUGAAUAAAUAUGAGCUCCUACAGAAUAUAUGAUAUACGAGCACACAGCAAUGAAGCUCGUGCUCACGAACUAGAAAAUACGCUUGACCGUUUCUCCGUCGACAUUGAAGACGAGUCGCAGGUGCGGGCAAAUAUCAACCAUGUUGUCAUCGACGUUGACGAAAAUCCAGAGGCAACUCUCGAGUAAGAUAAUAUUGUUACGCUGGGGGAAAUCUCUUCAUGGGAUCUUAGCGUAUACGCAUCGCAUGGUCCGAUAGGUAGGUUGUUAGUGCCAGUCGAGUAGGGCUGCUGUCGCGCUGUCAAGACGUCGUGACCAACGUCAUGAUGUUUGACCGCGGGCAGUCAGCCGCCUCCUCUUGGCGCUACCUCCAAACUCUUCGUCAGAUGUCUUUGACGUCUGUCAAUCUGACGUUGCCUAGUUGGCUGUUAUUAUUGUAAAUAACAGUCUGUUCAGAACUAGCGAAGAGAGCGCCCGCACUUUUUCUGAAUAAAACAGACUUAUUGUAAAUCCAAUCCCCUGACCCGUUUAUUCCCACUCCGGUUAACCGCCCGGAGUAACACUGGUGUCAGAAGUGGAUCUGGGGAUUUGGAUUGUCUUAAUUUCAAUACGCGCGCGGGUGAAAGUGCUUGAAAAAUGGUGUUGAAGAAGGAUCUUCGUGGUCGCCUGCGUAGCCAAGCGGUUGCAGAGGAUUCUCCUGCCAUCGCUCCGGUUGUACCUCCUGCAGCCGGCGAACCUUCUUCAGGGGUUUUGGAAGCCCUACAGCUCCUCAUCCGGCAGUCACAAGCUGCAGAUGAGAGAAUGGCGUGCCUUCAGCGGCAAGUAACCGGGAUGGCGUUCCUUCUGAGAGACCAUGGGAUAUUGGCCGAAGCUGGACGCCCCUCUCCUGCUCCAAGGACGCCCCCGACGCCGCUGCUCGCUGCUCGCCCGAUUCCAGCACCGAGGACACCUCAAGUAUCGCCUUCGGGCGGAGUUCCUAUUUCGGUAGCUGCUAGUCCGGGAGGCUUAGCGAACCCCCGGGAUCCGGAACGAGCGUUCCGUGCUUUUUCUAAGGCUCGCUGCGUGGCUGCUCCUACAGGGGUGGUCACCCCUGCUGCAAAUUUUCCCUCUCUUAGCGGGAAUGCUCCCCAACGACCGGCUUCUGCAUCUUCCCGUGCCGCUAGAGCACCUGCUUCUUUUGCUCCUCCACAGCAGAAGCAGACCUCGACGGGACGCGCCCCCUCACGUCGUUCCUAUGCAGAAGCGGUCUCCAGAGGAUCUCCGCCAGUUCCUGCUGCAGCAAAAUUGGUAGUGGCUAGAACCGCUGCACCUAUCUCUCGCUCUUUGCGCACUCCGUCACGGCCAACUGCUCGUCACCAGAUCAGGGUUGGCACGUUUGACGGACUCUCGAACUGGGUCGAGAAAACUUUGGCGCAGUUGAAAAAGGAAAUUUUAACCGGCAUUCGCGCCGAACUGUUUGCUUCGAGUUCUAGAUCCCGUGGAGAUGCUCGCCGGUCUCCUCCUCAGGGUCGCCGAUGCUCGUAUUGUAAGAAGAAUGGACAUGAGUUCCAGAAUUGUUGGACGCGGGCUCACAACAACUCGUGUCGUCAGUCCGGUACCACCACGACGGGGUCCACGAAUUGGCGACAGGCACCGCCAAAAGGACGGAUGGACUGCGGAUGCUGCAGUCUUUGUGAGAAAGGACUCUUCGUCUAGGCCAGUGCGUGUUUUGCCGUCUACUGACUUUUCGCAGCUUGGCAUCUGACUAGCGGACUUUUCGGUGCGUCGUGCGUCUGCUGGGCUAGGGUCUUCGUCAGUGUCACCGGUACUAAAUGUCUGCUGCUUUAAUGCUCAGUCCUUGCCUGCCCACGUCGAUGAGUUUCGCGAUUUUUUCAAAAUAAAUUUGUACCAUGUUGUGGCGGUGACUGAGACGUGGCUCAAUGAUGUAGUGUUGGAUGAACAGAUCUCUCUGCCAGGUUACUCUGUUCUUCGUGUUAAUCGGAGAGGGCGGCAUGGUGGUGGUGUUGCACUGUUUCGUCAUAGUGGAUUGUCUGGCCGUGUGGUUGCGUCAUCUGGAUCCUUGCAGCGUGACGGUGUUCCUGAGUUUCUCCUGGCGGAGGUUUGGAGUGCAUCGGGUCCUAAUUUUUUGUUCGCAGUGGUUUAUAGCGCGUUAUUCGUUCGUGUGUGUUCUUGGUGAUUUAAAUGCGGACUUGUUGAGGGACACGUUUAAUUCGCGUCAUUUGAAGGACUUUUUUGCCUCGCAGGGGCUGCAUAUUGUGCCUCUUCAGCCGAUACAUCAUACUCAGAGUUCGCAUACCUUGCUUGAUGUCUGUGCUGUCUCUGAUCUCUGUCGCCUUGCUGCUUGGGGGCAGUCUGCGCAGCCUUUUCUAUCGGGUCAUGAUUUAAUUUAUGUGUCGGUGAAAUAUGUCCCUGUGCGUCUUCCGCCAAGAUCUUUUGUGUACCGUGCGUGGGAUGAUGUUGAUCUUGAGGCUGCGGCGGGAGUGACUGCGUCUUUUGACAUGUUGUGGCUUACUGGUGCCUCUGAUAUGGACGUUGAGGUCUCGAUUUUUAAUGACUUGGUGCGAGGGGUGCUCGAUUCUGGUGCUCCGGCGCGUGCGGUUACGGUAAGGCGUCCUGCUGUGCCGUGGUUGACAUUUGACUUGCGUGUUCUUAUGCGUGAGAGAGAUGCUUGUUUCCGGGCGUCGAAGCGGACAGGUUCGCGGGUUCUUUUUGAGAAAUAUGUUCGUCUUCGUAGGGAGUUUAAGAAUAAGCUGUGCGCUGCGAAGUCUGCUUUUCUGCAGUCUCGGUUUGAUGACAUUAUAAGUUCGAGACGUUUCUGGUGUGAGAUCGAUCGUCUGGGGAUUACGCGUGCUGCGAGGCGGGCCCUACCUCUUUCGCUCCCAUUGCGUGUGUUAAAUGAACCUUUUGUGUCUGUUGGGACAGGUGCUCCGCUGCCGGUUUUCUCUCGGUGCUUCGUGGAUAGUUUAAGUAGCUCAAGUUGCUUAGGUGCAUUAAAUGUUGAGUUUAUGUUUUCGAAUGUUGAUGAGGCAGCGAUAUGUGCCGCGAUUGCGAGGCUUUCAACGAGGGCGCAAGGGCCGAAUCAUUUGCCGAUUCAGGCUUUCAAGGCUCUUCGCGGGCUGUUGUUGCCGUACAUUCUUGUGCUUUUUAAUUCUUCGCUCUGUGAUUGUGUUUUUCCUUCCCUUUGGAAGGCCUCAUAUGUUAAGCCGUUGCCGAAGGUGCGUGCGCCGUUUUCGCCGUCUGAUUUCAGGCCAAUUUCGUUACUUUGCGCGCUUUCGAAGGUUCUUGAGCGUCUUGUUUAUGAGCAGGUUAUGGUAUAUUUGCGGGCGCGUAAUUUGCUUGACCGGCGCCAGACUGGUUUUCGAGAGGGAGUGGGUACUCAGACUGCUAUUUUGAGGUUCACGGAUGAUAUCAGGCAGGGUGUUGAUGAUCGUUUGGUUACGUUGGCUGUUUUCUUUGAUUUUACGAAGGCCUUUGAUACUGUAGACCAUUUGAGGCUUGUGCGUAAGCUGCAGGUGUUUGGGUUUUCGCGGAAUGUUAUAAGGUGGUUUCAUUCUUAUCUUAGUGGUCGAGUUCAGGCGGUUCGGGAUGUCAGUGGCGAGUUGUCUCAAUGGCUUCCUUUGCGGGCUGGUGUGCCUCAAGGUAGUGUUCUGGGUCUCCUUCUUUUCUCGUUAUUUGUUAAUGAUCUCCCGCGCUGCUUGCAGAAUUGUUUGCAUCUUUUUUAUGCGGAUGAUUUAGUUAUAUAUCUUAAGUGUUCUCCGUCUGAGUGCUCUCUCCCUCCCUCCAGAUCUCUAAGUUGACGCGU